AUGCGACCCCUGCGGCCUCUGGCUCCCGGCGGGCAGCUGCUGGCCCUGCCGGCCGUGCUGGAAGUGGAGGUCACCGCGCAUCCGCAAUUUUUGCUGUCCUCCCCCGACCAGCCCCUUCGGGCACGUCGCUUGCGCCAGCCCCAGUGGCGCGGGGCCGGUCCAGCGACCAAGGUCCGGCGGGUUGGCGAAAUGCCGCCACCCGUGCCGGCUCCGGCCUCCUUCGCCUCCUCAACGAGCACCCUCUCCGCGGCCCUGGUGAGUGCGGUGUCCACGGCUGGAGGCGCAUCUCGGCCGGUGUCCCCCCGGCCGGCGUCCAUCCCGGCCUCCCGCUUGACCGGGUCUCUGAUGGACUCCCUAUUGUUGGGGGCACUCGCCACGGGUUCGGCGCCGGCGCCGGCACCUGUGCCUGUAUUCGCACCAGCUCCAGCGAAAGACGCCAAGCCCACCCGAGCUGUUGGGCGUGCUGUGGCGGUUCCCCUCCGUCUUGGCGCACCCGGGGGGGUGCCAAGUGCCGGGCCAUUCCGGCGCUCGAUGGUCUUGGCCAUCCCGCCGGAUUUCGAAACCUCGCGCUUGACGGCGGCCCUGGCCCCGGCAGCCAUGCAUCUGGCCGAGGCCGCCACGGCCCCUGCCGCUAGUGAAGAGCCUUCCCCCACUGCCCCGGGGCCAUAG